UUUGAAUCCACUACCUUUUCUUUUGCCCUCAAUUAUUUUUGUUUCGCGAUAAGAUUCUGUUCUUUGUUGGAUUUCGAUCUCUUCUCCACUGUUGCAGUGACUGUUCAUAAACUCGAAACUGUGUUUUUGUUUAGGGAGCUUGACAACUGUACGGCUCGGUUUUCUGGGUUUCGGUCGUUAUGGGUUGGCGGAGUCUUGGAUCCCUUUUUCCUUAUUUCCGCAAUCUCUUUAACUUCCAGGGUGUGAAAUGAUUAAAAUCAGCGGGUUAAUCAUGUUCGGAGUGCAGCAAUUAAAAUGAUGUGUUGAUCUGGUGUUGCAGCAGGUGCAGGGUGAUCAACCGGGCACGUACACCAUCAAGUCUCAUGGAGCCGCGGUUGCCAAGAACCACAAGCAUGACUGGCUCAUACUCGUGCUUCUUGGUUUGAUCGAGAUAGUCUUGUAUAUCAUUCAACCUUUCCACCGUUUUGUGGGGAAGGAUAUGAUGACUGACCUUAAGUACCCCAUGAAAGCAAACACUGUCCCUGUUUGGGCUGUUCCUAUGUAUGCAGUCUUGGUUCCUAUUGCCAUUUUUCUUUUCUUCUAUGCGCGUAGGAGAGAUGUGUAUGAUCUUCACCACAGCAUUCUUGGCCUGUUAUUUGCUGUGUUGGUUACUGCUGUCAUUACUGAUUCAAUAAAAAAUGGAGUUGGGCGUCCCAGACCAGAUUUCUUUUGGCGUUGCUUUCCUGAUGGAAUCGAUAAUUAUGAUAAGUGGGGAGAUGUGGUGUGCCAUGGUAAGGCCAAGGACAUAAAGGAAGGACAUAAGAGUUUCCCGAGUGGCCAUACUUCAUGGUCCUUUGCAGGCUUAGGCUUCCUUGCCUUGUACUUGAGUGGAAAGAUUAAAGUUUUUGAUCGAAAAGGGCAUGUUGCGAAACUAUGCAUUGUCUCCCUUCCUCUACUGGUUGCAUCUCUCGUUGCAGUGUCCAGAGUAUCUGACUAUUGGCACCAUUGGCAAGAUGUGUUUGCUGGAGGUCUUUUAGGAUUUGUUGUGGCUGCAUUUUGCUACCGGCAGUUCUUCCCUGCUCCUUAUCAUGAUCAAGGAUGGGGUCCUUAUGCAUAUUUCCAAGCAUUGGAGGAGACGCGUAGCAAUUCAAGCUCGGCGUCCACUGCAAAUGCACUCAGUGUGCAGGUCAUGGGGGUUCAGAACGUUACUCAACCUGUUCCUGCACAAAAUGGUGUUGCAUUUUCAUCAUAUGCUUCAAAUCAAUAUACAAGCCUUAAGCUAGAUGAUAUGGAAUCUGGGAGGCGGUGAUAAUAAUAUUGUGCAUCUUCAUCAUCUCCUUCGCUACUUAAUGACUUAUGUGUAUACUAGUCCUAGUUAAACACAUCCUUUGUAGCCUGGAUGCUAUAUGCAGAGCUUAGCUUGAUGGUCACGGUUUUGUGAAUAUUCGAAUGCUUUACUCUCUCAAACUAUAAAUAAUCACUCUCCUCGGAUAACAGUUAAUACCUA